AUGGUGCUGUGCCCGUUGCUUCCCUCGCUUGCUGUGAAGCUGGUAGUGCUCAACAUGCUCCUCUACGUGAGCUUAAUCGCGAUGACCGUGAGCCAACCCUGGCGAGUUCCCGCAAGCAACGUGUUGGACACACUGCUCCACGUGGGCUUGCUUGUGGUGCUCUACAUGGCAUCCCUCUUUGCCGGGCACGACGUUGAGGGCGCCAGCCUGGUUCAGGCAACUGCCAUCUCUUUCUUCUUCGUGGUGAUGAUGGUAGUCGCAGUUGCCCUCGCUGUUCUUUAUGGAUUCGGCCUGUACCUCGUCCGCCAGAAUCGGAAGCCCUGGCGCUUCUUCAUCUCCCAUCACAAGCGUGCAGUCGGCAGCUUUGCGCGACUUCUGAAGAUCCGGCUGCAACAGCGGAGCUCCAGCUUCAAUGUCUUCUUGGACACCGACAACUUACGUGAUCUCACGGAACUCUUCAACUUCGUCCGGGACACCCAGACUCUUGUUAUCUUGGCCAGCCCAGGCAUCAUGGGACGCAAAUGGUGUGUGGGCGAGGUCGUCACCGCCAAGCUGCACAAGGUUCACAGUGUUGUCGUCAGAUGGCCGAACUUCACGGACCCUAGUGCCACCACGCACGAGGAUCUCUCAUUCGCCAUUCCCGGCAUUGAGGCUUUGACAGCUUACAGCAUAUCCCUGCAUGAUGUCUCGAGCGCUUUGCACUGGAUGAAGACUUUGGAUUCGUUCCCUUUCCCUGAUUCCCUGGAUACGGAGAGGGUCUUAGAAUCGCCCAGCCGAGGUAUUGGGAAGAUCUGCGAUGCCUUGACGGGUACGGUGCUGCCUCUGGAGAGGCGAUCAGCAAGGCCAGACUGCGUCAUUCUGGUGGAUCCUGCCAAUCAGGAGGCUGUUGCAACAGCGCAUAUUCUUCUGGAGCUUUUGAAAUUGGGCAAGGAACUUCGGCUGUCUCCGGUGGUCUUGAAAUCAGGGCAGGACUUUCCGGACCAUGCUGUGAAAGCACUUAUGGUUUGCUCUUCCGGGUGCUUCCAAUCGGAGGCCGUUGCGUCUUGGCUCAUCAACCUUCCCUACCCGCAGCCUUCCAUCUUUCCUAUCUUGGCAGAGCCUGAUUUCGCCGUCCCGGCAGAGCCCUACGAGAGCGUGGUGCUCGGAGUGGAAGGAGCUUUCACCGACGCAGAACUGGCAACCUACGCAUCUGUCCUGCAAGUUGUCUUCCAGGAGAUUGCGAGCGUGUUGGCGCCGCAGUCUUACUCCAGCUCUCAAGACGCUUGGGCAUACUGA